AGCUGAGAUACCUCUCGGUAACAGUGACCGAGCGUAGUUUAGUGCAAUCUCUACAGUUACACUUAGAAAAGAUCAUCAUGAAGCUGUUCCUGGCAGUAAUAGCGAUCGCCUUCCUGGCGGGAACAGCCAGGGCAGGCCAGUUCUUGGGCGCAUAUAAUUUAGUGCCAUCGCCGGUCGUAAUACCCCAGACGUACAACGGCAUCGGCGUUAUCCCGGGCGUCAUACAGGCCCCCCAACAACAGACCGACAUAUCUCACCCCGCAGUAGUUGAAAACGCUAUCGCCGAAUCCCAACUGCCGCCGGAACUGCUAAAUCCAUUCUACAAAAACCCCGGCGUGGCAUCCGCCCUCGCCAAGGAGUCCUGGUUCACUAACAAGGAGUUCCUAGUGCGCCACCGUGAAGCCGAGAAAAUCCCCAGACAAGAAAUUUAUAAAAUCAUCUCCAGGUUGCAGCACCGACGAUGAUAAAUCGUUGCAGUUUCUACGUUUUGACUUUUUGUGGCGGGUGAAUGGAUGGAUGUGCGUUUCGGACGAUUUAUGGAGUGACUCGGAUAUAUGUUGUGUGUGUUGUGAUGUUACUAUUUAUCAAUUUGUAAAUAUAUUAUUAAUGUUUGUUAUCAUAUUUCUUUUAAUUCUAGCACCUAUGCAGAAAUAAAUGGGUUUUUAUAAUUUGGUA